UAACCGAGACAGAAAAACCAAAAAGCCAAACGCGCCUUCUCUGUGACUCUCAGUCUCAGAGAGAGAGAGAGAGAGAGAGAGAGAGAGAUAUUAAUCUCUCUCUCUCUGUCUCUGAUCCCUUUGUUGUUAUCUAUUUGAAGCUAGAAGCUAGAUCAUUGAAGAUGGUGAGGAUUCGUAAGAACCUUCAGGUCUCACCGCUGUUUUUCAGCUCCAACGUAGCUCCGGAAGACUUCUGGCCACAUAUCUGCCGACUGAAUCAAUCUCCGUGGGACGUCAAUCCCCCUCCAGAGUUGGAAGCUCAGGAAGAUUUAAAAGUGUAUGGGAGCUUGAAAGGAUCUAUCGGAGCUACAAAAAGCGUUGCGUUGCCAUCCAGGAUGGAUAUUGACAAAGUGAUUAUGGAUGUCGAAGAGGAUUCAAAAGGGCUUGGCGAAGGCAAUGAAAUUGGGUUAAAGAAGCAGAAGAUAUGUAAAAAGAACGAUGGAAAAGGGUGGAAGUGUAGAAAAGAAGUGAAGGAAGGGUACUCAUUUUGCAAUCACCACAUAACCCUUAUUAGGUCUUACCAUAAUACUGGCAGCAACAAUGCUACUAGCAAUGCUAACAAGUCCUUUUCUUUCAAGAAGCCCAAGGUGACCACGAGAGAGGCUCCUGAGGCCAAGGAGAAAAAGGGCUCGUCCUCGAAGUCUAAUUAAUGACUAUAUAUACUACUCGCUUUUUAGUCCAUGGUGGAAUCGGAAUAGAAGGACUAUAGUUGAGGAACAGAUCGCGAAGAAUAUUGCUAUAGAAAAUGGUGCUACUACAUCCUCUACUAGUGUAGCUACUCCAAAUCAAGAUCCUCCAUCACCCAAGGCUGGUAAUCAGAAUCAAUCCGCUUAUGUGGAUGUCAAUGAAGGCAACGAUGAUGGGAGCAACAAAUGUCGCCGAAAGAGAAUGAGGAAGCCUAUGAAGGCUAAAUCCUUAUUGUCCUUAUUUCCAACUGAACCCCAAGCCAAUAAGGUCAAAAAUUAAUUUUCGAAUGUACCAUGUUUUCAAUAUUUGAGUGUUUAGGAUUAAGCCAUUUUGUAUUGUACACAGUGUUGUGAUUUGCUAUGAGUGAGGGUAGU